CCUACAAAAUCGCGCCUCCGUCGCCCUCUCUUCCGCCUUUCUCCUCCCCGGCCAUCUCGCCAUGGAGAACGACGAAGACGCCAACCGGCUCGGCUGGGGCGCGACUCGCGCGCGCCCUGCCGUCGUCUCUUUCGGCCUCCUCUCCGCCCGCUGCCUCUCGAGCUGCUUCAGCGAGACGAGCCGGGUGGUCCCGGUGGCGAGGAGGACGCUGGCCUGGGUCUCCCUCCAGGGCCGGCUGGUCGGCGCCCAGGAGGCCACGUCGGCGAGUGCCGUGGGUCAGGGCUUGAGCCCAGUGGAGGCCGCGGCUUGGGAGAUCUUCAGCCCCCUCCAUCGCGUCCUCAUAGUCGCGAUCGUUGCCGUCGCGGUCGCCGAGUCCAAGAAAUCUCAGAAGAUAUCUCAGUUGCGGCGAUCCGCUGAUCUCAGGGACCAAGUGCUUCUAAGCAUGCAGCAGAAACUUGAUGACCUGUGUGAACAGUUGAACUCUUCGAAGUAUGAAUCCAUGGAAAAUGCUAGAGAGUCUUGCCCAGUGGAUGAUCAGUUUGCAGCUGAUGGAAUGCUAAAACAGAAAGGAGCUGCAUUUUGCAGCCAUGACCAUCCAUUUCCUGAGCUGAAUCCAGAAAGUGGGAUUAUUCCUCUUUCUAAGAAUUUAUCCACUUGGACAAGGGAUGUUAAUGAAACGGACACUGCUAAGGACGAUGUUUUUAAGACAACCCACGUGAACAUAGGAGAGCAAGAGGAACGCAGGAUGUCUGAUCUUUCUGAUAUUUGUUCCAGCAUCACAUCUUCCAUGGACAUUCAGCUGAGUGCACUGGCAGAAGGGCAAGAGUUUUACAAUCUCAGAAAGGAAUGUGAAGAGAAAGAUGCCACCAUAAAGGAACUGACUGCUGCUGCACAUGCAUCUAGUGCUGCUGCCUCCAAGAGAAUUGCAGAGCUGGAAGAGAUCAUAAAAAGGAAAAACAUGGUGAUCACAAGAUUAAAGAAAGAUAUGGUAGUUCUAGAGCAAAAGGCUAUUCAACUGAUGAGGCUUCAGAGGCCAUCUUCUGCUGCAUCAAACAGUAGUUUGCAACUUCCAGUCAUGGCAAGUAAUAUUCUCUACGACUUGAGCAGCACAAGUCCAUCGUCGUCAGAUUCUGAUUCUCCAGUUGAGCAUAAAGAAUGCCGUCGUCGCAGUCUGGUUACACAUGAUAGUCCUCAAUGGUACAAAUCGGGAGCUGUUACAAGUCUGACAUCAGCAAAAUCAUGUGGUUCCUCAAACAUCUCGACAGAUAGAUUCCCGAAUCAACAUUCUGUUAGUCCUGCUAAAGAGUCCCGUGAUCCACAUAAAUAUGACACUGUGCAAGAUUGCAGCGCAGAAGCAAUCAAGAGUCAGGCUCAACCUUCAGCAAAUUCUGCUAGUUCCUUGUCCAGAUCAAGAGAUAGCUUCCUGAAGCGGAGAUCUGUUAAUCCUGUUGUACAAAGUUAUAGUACUCACAGAGCUGACUCAGCUGUGGCAUUGAAACCAAGGAGAUCAGAAUCUUCUGGUGGAGAUUUCAAAAGAGCUAGAAGGCAUAAUCAGUCAGAAUCAAAGAGCAGAGUUUCACAAAAGAGAUGGGUUUAGAUUCUCAAUAUCACCUUGAUAUUGGAAUUAAAGAAAGGUGGCAUAUAAAGCUAGUGCUUGAAGAUAUUGAUGCCAUGCCAUCUGUAUGGGCAGUGGUUGAUCAAACAUUACUCAGAGAAGUAUAAGAAGGAAAGACAUCGCUCAAGCUAGAUACUACAUUAUUCCUUCCAUCGGCAGUCACUAUAUGAUAUUUUCGAUACUUUACUCCUAUAUUUUCUUCUCUGUUCUGACAAUAUGAUACCUUCGGUCUUAAAUUGAUUCCAGCACUCUUUUGAAAGAAAAGAUUCCAUUCAGUUUUGAUAGGAAGAGGUUAA